AUGAACAUCGAUAUUUACCCACAAACUGAUGACCUUCUGGAUCCACAACUUAUAUUCAAUCAUCGUAUACGUGUUAAAGUCAAGCUUUACUUGCAGUUAAAAUUAACAGCUUUAAAAAUUAAUGUCUUGAACUGUUUUUUUUUCUUACAAAAUUUAGGUUUGUUGUUGUCUGUCAAACUACAGUUACAUAUUGUAAACUUACAUCCAACAAUUCUUGCAGAUGGGAGCAUAAUUCGUCAUAGAACUAAACGAUGGGCCUUUUAUGAAAUACAUAAAUGUGGUCGUAUUAAAGGAUAUAGUUGUUUAGAACAUCGUCAUUGUUAUGAACGUUAUCUGCGUCGUGAUAUGGUUUGUUUUGAAGUUUAUCCAUGCUUAAGUUCAUGUAUAUUUAUUGCUCAGCUUCACGAUGCUGAAAAAUUAAAUGAACAAAUUAAAAAAUUAUUAUUAGACGGUAUACCAGUCAAUAAUCAUAACGAUCCGAUUAAUUAUGUACGAGAACAAACGGCAAAAUUAUUGAAGGAAUUAAAUUUAACUCUACCAUUGCAUAAUCAACCAAAAGUCUCAGUGCUAUCAUCACCAUCACCACCAUCAUCAUCAUCAUCAGCAGCAGCAACAGCAGCAUGAUCAUUUUCGGAAUCGUCUAAUAUGAAUUAACCCAGGAGUUUCACUACAUUACAGGUCGAAAAAUUAUAAUGAUAAUUUAGAGAAGAAAACAAGAUCAAAUUAUUAUAUCUUUUCUGUUUUGUACAUGUUUUGUAUUUCUUUUCAGAAAUUCUAUUUGUAUUUAAGUUUUCCUGUUUAUUUGUAUAUUUUCAUGCCUUGAAUGAAAACUUUCCUUUUUCUAAAUUCAUUGAAUGAAAUAAGUGCAUUUGAGAAAUGGUCAUUCUCACCCAUGGUACAAAUAAUAAUAUACCUCCAUAAAUAAUUCCAAUACUACUACUACUACUACUACUACUACUACUACUACCUAAACUCAUGUUACUAUCAAUACUACUGACAUUACAUAUAAAAUAACAAAUAUUACAGGGAAAUCAAACAACCAGGAAAGAUUAAGAUAUAAGAAAAAAGUAGAGACAAGACAAUCUGUGAUAUGCAUUAUACAUAUGUACAUACUUAUUUGUUUGUUUAUUUUAAAGAUAUAAAUGUAAUUUUUUAUUAUUAUUUCUCAUGAAUAUACUACUUAUUUGUAAAAACUAAAUUCAG